AUGUCCAUUGACACCAAGCUCAUUGCUACUGUGGCCGCUGCCAGCUUUGUCUGGUAUUCAUUCUCCUGGGCUGCAAAGAACUUAGCCCCAGGAACAAGCCUCACCAAUCUUUCCAACAAGAUGUCCUCCCCUUUCGAGCCAACCGUCGCCGAUGUGCUUGUUGUGAAAGCGAUGCUCGCCAAAGCCCUGCUGGCCACAAGCUCCAGGCUGCCCCCGGAAAUUGUCGAUGUCAUUGUUGACUUGGCCGAGUAUUGGCCUCACACCACCGCUGAACUCAACGACAGCACGAUAAUAGCCCGGGGGAACCAGCUGUCUGGCAGAUCUAGUGGCGACGGCGAGAAUGUGUUUCUUCUUCGCUCCCCUCCACUGGGCCUCCACAGUUGGAAACGCGUAUCUCAGGGGCUGAACCCAUCACCCCCUCACAAGCGAGCUCCCAAUCCUCGACCACCGGGAGACGAGUUCGCCCCCGGCGAUUUCGAGGAGCUGACCGUCUCGCCGCUCACUCUCCUCGCUCACCCUUGUCGCCGCAUCGUCUUCACCAUCCGCAGCCAUGACCAGGGCUGGGGUGGUGAUAUGGGGGCUCAAGACUCCUAUAACAGCUCGUGGACGUGGUUUGAGGCUGGGUUGGAACGCUGGUGCAAGAAUAGCCCGGCCGAGUCCACCCCGGCCACUUCAAUAGCACAGGAAGACCAACAGAAAUCUCCUCCGGAUCAACAAUCAGGAGAUCCAAAAGAACAACAACCCCUCCCCAUAUCACUCGACAGCCUCUCGCUCAACAGCCUCUCGCUUGACACCCUCUGCACCGUCUUCCCCCCCAUCGAAUGGAGCUCCCAGCAAAACAAAUACACCUUCCAACACCAACUCAACCCCCACGAGGACCUCAAAGUCCAAUGCAACAGGGUCGCCAUCCGCGAGACUCUCACUCAUCGCGUGGUGUGGAGCCAUACCGACGACAUCCGUCCCGACCGGGAUUCUGACGCUGAAGCAGUCACCAAUCUAGCGACAGUCCAAGGUAGGGGCAAGGCCACUGGGGAUGGGAAGUUUGUGCGGGACCUGAAGCUAGGGGAUGUGGUUACUCUGUGGGCCAAGGCGCGGUUUCCGUCGUGGACUAAUAACGUGGAGUCGGUGAAAUUAGAAGUGUAUUAUGCGAUUUAA